AUGUCUCCCACCAAAGUCUAUCUCAUCACCGGCGCCAACCGUGGUAUUGGCCUCGGGCUCGUAAACGAGCUCCUCAAGAGGCACAAGGACGUCUUCGUCUACGCCGGCGUCCGCGACCCCUCCAAAGCCACGGCGUUGCAGGAGCUCUCGACCAAGUUUCCCGGCAAGAUCGAGAUCGUAAAGCUCAUCUCCGCCGACGAACAGACGCACAAGGACCUCGCAAAGGUCAUUACAGACAAGCACGGAUACGUCGACGUCGUUAUCGCUAACGCCGGCGUAAAUGACUACUAUGGCGCCGUCGGGGUGACCCCCAUCGACGUGUUCCGAAACCACCUCGAGGUGAACGCGACGGGCGUGGUCGUCCUCUUCCAGGCGGUCCUCCCUCUCUUGAAGGCGAGCAAGUCGUCGCCCAAGUUCAUACCUAUCACCUCGGGUGGCGGGAGCCUGACGGCGUAUAUCAGCGCCCCGUUCGAGAUCACAGCGUAUGGCGCGUCGAAGGCCACGUUGAACUACAUAACGCGCAGGAUCCAUUUCGAGAAUGAGUGGCUUGUUGCAUUCCCUCUCGCGCCUGGCAUCGUGAAGACAGACAUGGCUUACCAGGCCCGCGAACUGGACACAUCAGGCCAGUUGGGCGUGCUCCAAGAUCAAUUAUUUGUCUCUGUCGAGGACGCUUCGGUGAUGCUCAUCAACAUCGUCGACAACGCGACUCGAGAGAAGGAAGGCGGCGAGUUUGUUAACGUCGAUGGCAGCAGGAUCCCUUGGUAG